ACUUCUAUGAGGAUCCAUUAUGGCGGAGCUGAGGAUCUACAUGGAGCUGGCGACCCUGGGGAUACUAUUAUUUACUGCACAGAUUCAUAGCCAGAAGAUCCUGUCUGACUGGAAGAAGUGUGGGGACCCCCAGUGUGAAAGUUUGAUGAUGCGAGUUUCAGCCAAACAAGAUUACUCCGGCCCCGACUGCAGAUUCUUAACUUUUAAAGCCGGACACGAAAUUAAUGUUUAUUAUAAACUAUCCGGACGGAGGGAAGACUUGUGGCAAGGAAGUACAGGAAAAGCUUACGGCUUCUUUCCCAAGGAUACAGUCACCAUAGAGGAGGUUUAUCUACGUGAGGAAAUAGAAAUCCCGGCGCAGGAAAUUGAUUUUGUGUGUCUGGAUGGGGGUGAAUAUUUUUUUGAAAAUGAGGACAGUGUUUUACGUGACAACGACGCAGACAGAGACGAACCUAUAGACCGCACCCCACCGGGAGGUGGACACCUUACUGAAGAGUCACUAGACAUCACCACCCAAGAGACACCAGUACCAGAAGCUCCAGUCAAAGAGCCCUGGGCCCCCACCGGCAUUGCAGGCUGGUUUGGCAUAGGGAAAACCAAGGAAAACAAAGACACAGAGAUUGAUGGUAAAACCGAAAGCUUGGAAACUAAAAACGAAGAAGCGGAACCCCAGAAACCACUAGAGGAAGCUCCAGCAGAAACGUCUGGUUGGCUCGGGGGACGACUCAAAAAGUUUCUGCCCUUUGGAGGACAAGGAGAUAACCCACAAGCCAAAAAUGAUGAAGAAUAUAGAGAGGAUAUAGAGAACGCUUCCAACCCAACCCAACAGACCGACCAAGAACCAAGAAAUACUCAAGAGGACAGUGAAGACCCAAAGUCAAAGUGGUUUAACUUCGGACUUAGGGACGUUUUAGGUUUUGGGGCGAAAAGUGAGAAGAAAGAAGCAAUGAGGCAGAGUGAGGAAGGAGAAGACAAUGUGAGGACACCGGAGAAUCUGCUCAGUCAAGACAAAGCAAUGGAUGGUCAUCUGGUUCCUGACCAAUUGGACGUCUCAAGAACGGACCAAGCGGACAAGACAAAAGGUGUCAAAAUAAACCCUGACAUUCAAGUAGAAGAUCCAGUCGUAACCAACACACCAGAGAAAGAUGACAAUGCUAAGGAGGAACUCAAUUAUAUUAAAGACAUACAUGGAUCAGAAGAUCGUCGUGAAGAUGCAAUGACCGAGAUGGACAGAACUUCUCAAGCUGAAGGAGGAGAAGAAGAAGAGAAACCGAGAACUGAAGAAGCAGAAGAUUCUACACCAACAUCAGAGGAUGGAUCUUCCCAAUGUGAUGCUGAGGGGGGCUGCACAGUCACCACAUCUCCGGAACAUCUCUGGAAGCGACCACAGGGGACCCCUGAGGCCAGUGCGCCAAUCCAAUUAUAUGCUUGGGCACAGGCGUUUACAGUGACGCUGAGGAAGAUCAUUUCCGGAUACGGUGAAGUCUUCUCCCGCUAUCUCAUCCCGGUGCGGUCCCAGGUUACAAGUACAUUCAGGAAGAUCGUGUCCCUGUUACCGGACGACCUCCGGCCCGGGGAAGAUUUUUACGGCUGCUCCUGGGAUGUGGUGGUUUUCACCGCGCUCUUCGGAUUUCUCUCUGUUUUGAUGUUUACGUGCAGAACCCUGCGAUGUAUUAAAAGCAGAUUUUACGUCAGUCGUGAACGUAAACUUGGGAACGAGGUGGCGGAAGCUUUGAGCAGUAAGAGCGAAGUCCUGGAAAAACUCAGCAUCAUACAGAAACAGUAUGAAGAUGUACAGCAGACCUUACAGGAAUCGGGUAACCAGAAGUUACUGACCGAGAUAUCGGAGCAGAAGGCUCUACAGGAAUCUCUGCAGGCUUCAAAUAAAGAACUGGAAGAAAACCUCGCCAAACUGGAGCAAGACCUGGAGGAGGAGAAACAGCGCGGAUCUGAGCUGGACAGUACGCUUGCAGAGUUAAAUGAGAAAAUCAAAUCUCUGGAGGACACCUUCAGGAAGGAGACAUCUCAGAAGGAAGAGACACGAACAACACAGAAGGUGUUUGAAAUUAAUCAAGGUCGCCUGGAGUCAUCGCUUCAGGAUGCGGUGGAGGAGAAAUCUCACCUAGAGGAGAGCAUUAAACAGCUUUCAAAGGAGGCGGAGGGCUGGGAGGAAAGGUUCAGUGAACUAUCAGAGAACUCCAGAAUCCUCAGCUCUUCUGUCGGAGUCAUGCAAGAAGAUCUAGGCAGCAAGCAGAGCCAGAUCAAGUCAUUGAUUGACAAUCUGCUGUCGCUAAAAGACUGGAGCUCCGAGCUGGAUGAAGUCAAUGAUGACGAUGACGACGACGUCCUGUCCAGCAUUAAAUGGGAUUUUGAAAAUGGUGAACCACUGGGGGAUCCCCAGAAACAAAGGAUUAAGAAGCUGAUCUAUGCCGCCAUGCUGAAUGCGUCUCUGAAAAGCGUGGAAUCCGAGAAGAAGCAUCUGAGUGAUAAUCUGUCCGAUGAGAUGAAGGCAAAAGAACAGCUGGCGGAGUGUAUCGCAAAUCUCCAGAACACCAGUCAGUCCCUGACUCAUGAGAAAGGCCAAUUGGAGGAAGAGGUGGAGAACCUAAAGCAGAAAAUGAGCGUCAUGAUGGAGAUGUAUCAGGAGAACGAGAGGAAGCUACACAGGAGACUUACUGUACAGGAAAAGGAGCGGAUUCAGAAAGAGGCAAAACUAUCUAAAGCAGAUGAGAAGAGGAACAUGGCGGCCAGUGAACUCGUCACCAUCAGAACCAGGGUCACUGAACUGGAAGAAGAAAUGGAGAGAACUGCCGCCUCCUAUCAGAACCAGGUUACAUCAUAUGAAAAGAAAUCUCAUGAUAACUGGCUGACGGCAAGAGCGGCAGAAAGAUACCUGAGUGACGUCAAGAAAGAAACCGCGCACUUGAGGCAGAAGUUGACGGAGGCCGAAUAUAAACUGGAACUUCUGGAAAAAGAUCCCUUCGCUCUGGAUGUUAUACAAGCGAUUGGCAGAGCUUAUGCAGAUGCUUUUAUUAACCAUCAAGAGAAUUCACCUUUCGGAUUGUCUCCCAUCAAUCGUCAUCCUGAAAGUCGGGCUUUCCUCUCGCCUCCCACCCUCCUGGAGGGUCCGCUGAGACUGUCCCCGAUGCUCCCCACAGGGGACAGAGGCGUUAGACCCCCAGGAUAUUAUCCAGGAUACCCCGGACCUAAAGAACGGGGGGAUGUGAACUCUGAACGAAGAGCGGACCACCAGCGCACCUUAUCGGACGCCGGCUCCUUGUCUCCACCCUGGGAUCGGGAACAGAGGAACAACGUCCCUCCGCCAGGUUUGCCGUACCCUGAACCCCCUUUUCCACCCAGACGGGCCGAGAGGUUCUACCACUAUCCUCCACCAUCCGGAAGGUUCUCAGGACCGGCAGAGCUGACCAGGAAUCAGGGAAGACCCUUUGUGGACUCGCAAGACGGACGAUCUUCUCCAGAGUAUAAAGCGAGGAACAAUACAAGCAGGAACGGGGAGGAGGAAGCCAAUAACAUAGCGGCUGCAUCCAGUCAGGAUAAUGAAGUAAUGGACGGUCCGCCCGGAGAGUUCCCCAUGCACCCGCCUCCACCUAUGAGGGUCCCCAUGUUACCAAGAGACCCCAGAGCGCCAUAUUUCCGAAGACCUCUUAUGCCCCCUCCUAUGGAGAUGUAUGGCCCGCCGGGGUAUCCAGGCAUGCCGCCACCCCCCUUCCCAAUGAGAAGCCCUGUGCCCCCUCUGCACCAGCAUCAUUACCUGCCCUACCCCAUGCACAGCGAGGCCUACUUCCCCCCGCAACCUAUAAGACCCCCGACAAGGAACGACCCCACCUUGGACUCUGCCCCUCCUCCUCCCCCCGCCACCGGCAGCAGCAGCAGCCUCCCGCCCCAAGACAACUUACCUGAACCAACAACUUGAUACAGGAACGAAACAAAAAAAAAAAAAUGACUCUGCGGCUGCAAAUAGAAAAAUCUGAAAUAUUUAUAGUUUUUGGCUCCAUUUGAAGAUAUUUUAUUUUCUAAGGGAAAAAAAAACCCUCCCAAAAUCUGCGUUACCUGCUGUGAACGACUAUCGCUCUGCGGACAGCGGGGCCAUGUAGGAUGUGGCUUUUUUUUUUUUUUUAAGAUUUGUUUUAGAAAAAGGAGUUUUUUUUUUCCUUUUAUUCAAGAACGGACUUUAGUCUUUGGAAAACAGAUGUAUCCGAGAGGUUAAUAAAGGCCGCUCUUCUGUAUAUAAGAGAUCGCUAUGGAAAAAAGGUGUCCGGCGUCACGUCUGUAUGUAUUGGUGCAGCGAAACAAUUGUAGGCCAGAGGGACCAAUAACACAAAAACAGUGUUUCAUAACCAGGGUGCCUCCAGCUGUUG